AUGUCCAAGAAGCUUCAAAAAUCUCUCCAGGAUUAUCUCUCCAAGAUCAAAAAACCCUCCCCAAAUUUUCAGUUCCCUUCAGACUCAUUCUCUUCUUCCAAAAAAUGGAUCCUGAAAGGCUGCAAACAACCCAAAACCCUUUCUUUUGCUGUCGAUCGCUACAUAAAUCAUGAUCAUCAAGCAACCAGCGACGACAAUAAUGAUGAUGCGGCGACGCUUUCUGAUGUUGAUCGUUUUCUUUUUGAGAAUUUUAAGUCUUUGUAUAUCAAUGACGAUGAAGAGAUUAAUGAAAGGAGAGGUAACGUUAGAGAAGAUCACGAAGAUCAUCAUGAUCAUCAAGUGAAAAGCCCUGGUGGGAUUUUGUUUGAAUCCCCAAGGUUUGUUGAUCCUCCGCCAGACCUUUGCGGGUCCAACACGUUCUUCGUGGCUACAGGGUUGUCGAGUUCUCUUAUGGAGGAAGCUCGGAGUAGUGCCGUGACUAACACCACCGUGUCAAUGUCAGAGGACAUGGGUUCAAACUCGACCUCAACUUCAACCAACAACAACACUGCCAACAAUUCCAACAGCUAUGGCGACGGCGGCGUCGAUCAUGUCAAGUCUCCAAGUAUUCCUAACGAGUGCAUCGCGGUGUUAACGUACUCUCCGAACCCGUACGAUGAUUUUCGACGUUCCAUGCAAGAAAUGGUGGAAGUAAGGCUGCAAUAUCACUCGACGAUAGAUUGGGAUUUCAUGGAAGAACUUCUGUUUUGUUACUUGAACUUGAACGACAAGAAGUCAUACAAGUUCAUCUUAAGUGCUUUCGUCGACCUGAUCGUGGUUCAUCGUCAAAACGAUAGAAAGAUUCCAGCGAGUUCUCGAAAUUCUAAGGUUAAUGUAAGAGACAAGAGAUCAAGGAGAACGAGGCACAAAAUAACGUAAGGAUUUGGCAAUUGUGGCCCUCUUUUUUUGGAAUGGAAA